CCGCCAGGAUUUGAAAAAACACAGCAUAAAGUUUUCAGAAUUGGACUGCAGAAUGACAACAAUGGAAGAUUAUUUUAUGCAUUUAACGGAGAAGCGACUAGCGUCCUUUCAUAAUUGGCCAUAUCAGGAAGGCUGCUCUUGUACUCCAGACAAGAUGGCAGAGGCUGGCUUUUUCCAUUGCCCAACAGAGCAGGAACCUGAUGCUGUCAAAUGUUUUGUGUGUGGAAAAGAAUUGGAUGGCUGGGAACCUGACGAUGACCCUUGGAAAGAGCACAAGAGCCACUCUCCAUCCUGUCCAUUUCUGAACUAUGACAAACCUGUAGAAAAAUUACCAGUGGAGGACUUUUUACACUUAACAGUUGCAAUACAAAAAAUAUAUGCUACAAAAACAUAUGAUAACAUGGUGAAGGAAGCAAAGGAGAGUGGUGCGGAAACUAGGAAAGAGAUGGAAAAAUUGGCCAAAUAAUGUUAGAAAUGAGACACAGUUCUGCUUCAUGGACAUCUGCUAUCUCUCUGAGUUUUAGAUGUUAAUUGUGUGCAUUUGUGUAAUAUAAGCUGUUGUGUCCAGCCAAAAGUUACAGUCCACACAACUGGACUACAGUUUUGCUCAUAUUCUGAAGCAUGCCAAUGUGAAAUUUAACAGAAUGGUCUUCUGAAGUUAAUGCCAAAGGAGAAACCAUAUAACUGCUUAAAUAUUUAGACCAUUUUUAAUUUAUCCAUAGUUUCUCAUGAAAAAAGCUUAGAAAGCAAUCAUACUGAUUGUGAUAAUUAUUCGUUUUCAAGCAAAAUAUGUGAAUCGUCUGUUGUGAUAUGCUGAUCUUGCAUGUACAGUACUUAUUUUGUUUGAAACGUGCCAAAGGGUCAUUAGAAAUAAUUGGCUAACAGUGGGUCUUAUGCUUUUGUUAGGACUACACUAUGUAUUUGCCACAUCAGAGCCACAGAUGUUGUUACAAUCUUACCAGAUGCUGUUGUCUAAUUCUGCAUCACUUUUUGACACAGCUGUGACAGUUUUUCCUUUUGCACAUAGCAUGUAUAAUAUGUCACAGUCUUUCAUUAUACUAUUCACAGUUUGUAUUCUUGUGUGUAAGAUCAUGUAUAAUGUUGUAAAGUAUAAAAGAAUGUAAUUGUAUGA